AUGGCUACCGCCCUACCACGACCGUCGAGGCCGCCUUCUGACGGCCCGCCAAACAUGGCUUUGCCCGCUUUGCCAGUAACCAAGACGCGGAAGAGUACGGGGGGCCUCUCAACAUCUGCUGUCCCGAAACCUGCCCCGUCUACGCCUAGGACUGGUCUGCGAGGGCCUUCCGCCGCCGCUGCCGCCGCCGCUGCCGCCUCGGUGCCUCCGACUCUUGCACCAAAUACCCCUCUUCCUCAAUUCAAGGCCUUGCAAGGCGUGAACGCAGCAGGCAAGACGCUCAGAAAGACUGUGAGCAUUAGCUCAUUUCCGCAUCCUCCCCGAGGCGACGGUCGGUCUAGUAGCAUGCCGCCUUCGCCCCUAUCCAACGAAAAGGCACGGGCCCGGAAAUCAAAGCCACCCAAAGAAGCCUCCCACGUCACUUACUCGCUCUCUACACCAAGUCUGCUCAACGGCAGCGGAGAGGGCAAAUCAAUCCGCAACGCUCGCAUGUCAGAUGGCCUCAUGAGCAUCUCUUCACCCCCACAAAGUCGAAGUUCCUCGGCACAAGAUUCUUAUUCAACUUCCGCCACCACUUAUGACGACCCUGCAGACGGAUCGGGAUCAAAGUCGGAUGCUGCUGCCCUUAGUUUCGACUCGGUCUCCGACAGACGCUCGUCCAAAUCCGACGGAAAAGGCAACGUCCUUGUGAGUGUGCGAGUUCGCCCAGACCAUAGUGCGAGCCCUAUGAAUCCGGAGGGAGAGUGGAUGGUGGAUGGGCGGAAAUCACUCAUUGCGUACAAGGGCAAAGAAGGUGGCGACUAUUUUUAUGACAAUGUCUUUACCACGCACGACAAUAAUUCGCGCGUCUACGACCACAUGGCGAAACGUCUGGUGCGGAGGGUCAUGGAAGGCUAUCAUGGUACAGUUUUUGCCUACGGUAUGACCGGCACUGGUAAAACCUUUUCAAUGCAAGGAACGGCUUCCUCGCCCGGUGUGAUUCCUCUGGCAAUCACAGACAUCUUCUCCUACAUUCGGGAGACUCCCUCCAGGGAGUUUUUACUGCGCGUCAGCUACCUGGAAAUCUACAACGAGAGAAUCCACGACCUGUUGAACAUGCCCACCGGCGCCGGCGCCGGCGCCGGCGCUGCAGGCGUCCCGCAGCAGGACGAGAUCAAGCUGCGUGAGGACAGCAAGCGAGGCGUCUAUGCCACGCCGUUGAAAGAGGAAAUCGUGCAAAGCCCCACGCAGUUGCUGAGAGUUAUUGCACGAGGUGAUCAGGCCAGGCGCACCGCUAGCACCCAGUUUAACGCACGCAGUUCUCGAAGUCAUGCUGUUGUUCAAAUAGUCGUGGAGAGUCGAGAACGUAUGCCUGGUAUUACCGCGGGCGGUGGCGUGGAGGGGAAACGGUCAGCCAUCCUCCCCGGCGGAGUGCGCGUGUCGACGCUCAGCCUGAUUGACUUGGCUGGCUCGGAGAAGGCCGCUGAAUCCAAGGAGCGGAGGCAAGAGGGUGCCCAUAUCAACAAGAGCCUCCUCACCCUGGGAACCGUGAUAUCGAAACUCUCCGAGUGGAGGGACAAGGACGGCAAAGGAGGCGACAAAGAAGGCAAGCACCUUCCGUACCGCGACAGCAAAUUGACACGUCUUCUCCAGGGAGCCCUUUCCGGCAAUUCGCUGGUCAGCAUCCUUUGUACCAUCCAAAUCGGAGCCGCUGGAACGGCAGCCUCCGCAAACAGUCACACUACGGAAACCAUCAACACCUUGAAGUUUGCGUCGCGGGCCAAGAACAGCAUUGUCAGCCACGCCAAGAGGGCGGAAGAAGCUCUGGGUGCUGGUGGCGACGGUGGCGCUAGGGUGCUUCUGGAGAGGUACCGCAUGGAGAUUCAAGAGCUGAGAAAGCAGCUAGAGUCGCAGAAGAACGGCAGUGGCGACGACGUGGAAAAGGACGAGCAAGUGGAAAAGGUCAGAGAGCUGGAAGCGGCGGAAAGACACGAGGAGCAGAUGUUGGAGAUGCAGCUCGCCAGAACUGCCCUCAAGGAACGAAUCGACCAUCUCAACCGCCUCAUCCUGAGUUCCAAGUCGAUUGGCGUCAACUCCAACGGCUCGCUCAGCUCUCUUGGCCAGUACAGCCGAUUCUCCCAGCUUUCACUCUCGGGCUCCAUCAGAUCGUCGGUUGCCACAUCCGUUGGCUCGAAGCCGGCGUUUGAGCGCACGGCUUCCAUGACUUCUGCCUCAUCAACCAUUGGCCGACGAUCCAGCGGAGGCCACAGACUAUCGGCAGACGCCGGCGGCGAGAUGGAAGCCGUUGAUGCCGAGGAAGACAACGUGGGCGAAUUCGGAGACGGACUCGCCUCACUAAACGCGCAGAACCGGGCACUUCAGGCGGAUCUAGCCGAUAAGAAUCGCUACAUUGCUACCUUGGAGAAGAGACUGUUGCAAGCCAGACGAGCGAGCUCGUCGCGGACUUCUGCCGGGUUCUCGGGGCCGAGCAAGAGCAUCAUGGUUGGUGAAGACCACAGUGUUGCGGCGGCACUGAAGGAGAAGGACGCCGAGAUAGCUGAUCUCCGAGCCAGGCUGGACGACAAGGACCGCAUGCUCGCCGCGUUGAGAAGCGCAGCCCGGUCUCGUGACACGGCCGAUGCCUCGUUUGAACCACGGUCGCCGCCACCGCCGCCACCGCCAGCUCCGACGGAACAACAGGUCAAGGACUUGCCAACCAGCCUUGCUGCACCAGGCCGGACGCAUAGAAUACGGACAAGGAGCGUCGACGAGAUGAAUAGAAUGCUCGAGGAGAUGAUUCAAGACCGUGUCGAAACUGGUCAAAUCAUCCGUGGAUUAAGAGGGAGCGUGCGGUUGCCUGGCGGACACGGCGGUCACAAGCUGGAGCCGCCGGUCCCAGCAUCACACAAGUUGGAACCCUUGCGUCAAAGUCCUGUCCACAUGAUGACGUCUGACGAGGCCCCAGCAGCCGCCCCAGCAACUGAGACGACAGCAUAG